CAGGAAGGUCCCCAGAACUUGCAUCUAAGGUUCACUCGACAUUGGCAUUCGAGUGUGCCGAUGCAGUCCGCAGUCGGUUUCGCUAUUCGACGUGCGUCUCGCCGGAUACAUUCGUUUCUUUAUGGACGUAUACUGCAAUAGCUACCCCGCUGGGGUCCACUCAGAAGGCGGCGCCGUGCGCACGUGGAGUGUCCCUGGAGGCUGCACUAAAAGGGCAUUUUGCAAAAUGGGGGUUCUGUCCACCCGCGAAUGGGCGUUAUGAAAGGUUGGUCGGUGCGUUUUUUCGGGCUUGCGUGGUGCCCUCCCAUCUCUUGCUCUUGCGCACUCUUCUUGUGGACGCCCUGAAAAGCGACAAGAAAAGGCGUCAUCCUGAAGGAGACGUUCAAGGUGGCCGAGAUGGACAACCAGAUCAUGGUUUGGCAGAAGGAGCGCCAGGUGGAGAUGCACACCCGGAAGAUGAAGGCCUUCUUCGCCGAGGCCGACACCUCUCACGACGGAACUGUUGCUUUACAGGAAUUCCGCGACAUCAUGGAGGUCGAGUGGGUCAGAACAUGGUUGGCAUCCAUGGACAUGAGCUCUGGCGACGUCGACCAGCUAUUCACUCUUAUCGACACCAGCCAGGACGGACUCAUAACCGUCGAGGAGCUGAUCAAGGGCGUCAGCAAGCUCAAAGGGGCUGCUCGCAGCAUCGACCUCGUGACGAUGAUGAGCGAACAGUUCUCGUUCAUCGAUCAGGUUCGCCAGCAGCUGGGCCUUGAGGGAGAGGCCGAUUUCCUCGAGGUCGACAGCAAGGCCGAGGGCCUGAGGGGAACCGAUUGGGAGGACAUACUCGUUCUCCAGGCGCUCAAGGGGUCCGUACGGGUGCGGUGGGACAGCGACGGCCGGGAGUGCGCGCUGCCGAAAGCGCACGUGCGCGCCAAGGCGUCGGCGUCAGCAGCGUCUCCCUCCCACAUGCAAAUGCUGAAGCAGGCCGCUGACGACGAGCUUCUGCCAGGCUCUCGAGGACCUCGAGGCGGCGCCAUCCUCGGGGCGGCGGCCUCGACACCUAGAUAAGGCGCCUCCGGGCGGCUAUUCCGAGUGCGCGGGCGGCUCCGGCGCGGAUUCUGUCUUCCGCCAUGCAGGAAGGGGCCCCGACGGAGACGCGCCCUGUAGGUUCGCCGCAGUGUUCGAGCUCUCGGGGCCCUCCCUGGGCCCUGGGACCGUCCAGGAGCUAGGCAGGAUGACGAGCUGCUCCCGAAGGGCGGCCCCAGGGUCCAGGUCCCGCUUCCCUUCAGGACCAGGCCUCCUGGCAUCCUACAGCUGAUCCAGCUGCUCCUCCCUCCCGCUCCUCCCCCCUCCACAUCCGCCUCCUCCUGCAUCCUCUCUUCUUGGAGCCCCCUGAAGGCCGUCGCGAUUCUCGCCUAUGCACGCAUGCAUUUUCAAGACAGCCGCCGUCUCUGCACUCCGGCGAAAGGCCCUGUGUGCACGGCACGUACUGCCUC